UGUAUAAGUAAAAAGGGGAAGCAAUAGACAAUAGAAGCAUAUCUCUUAUGUGAAUUAUUAACAAGAAUGGCACUUUUAGCAACAACUCUUCUCACAGUCCUUGCAGUUCUCUGCUCUUUCUUCUACAUUCUAUUUUACAUUUCAUCAAGGAAACAUGGCAAAGAAAAAGGGAAAGCCCUCCCUGGUCCUCGACCCUUGCCAAUCAUUGGAAAUCUCCACAUGUUGGGCAUGCUUCCACACCAAUCCCUUUAUCACUUGGCCAAAAAACAUGGUCCUAUGAUGUCUAUAUGGCUAGGUUCUGUGCCAACUGUUGUUGUUUCAUCCCCUCAAGUCGCCGAGAUGUUUCUUAAGACACAUGACGCUAUUUUCGCAAGUAGGCCAAAAGUUCAAGUCCUACAAUCAAUUUCUAAUAGCCAAAGGGGCAUAGCAUUCACAGAAUAUGGACCAUAUUGGCGCAGUGUGAGGAAGAUUUGUAAUAUGCAACUUUUUACUACAUCGAAAAUUGAAUCGUUUGCACCUACGAGGAAGGAAGUGCUAAUGCAUUUCACUGAAUCUUUGAAGGAAGCUGCAAAAGCAAAGGAAGUGGUUAACAUCAGCAAGAAGCUAGCAGAAAUUAAUGGAGAGAUGACUUUGAAAAUGGUUUUGGGGCCUGUGAAGAAGUAUAAGGAAUUUAACCUCAACGAGCUUAUUGAAGAGCUUACUAAAAUUGCAGGAGUUUUCAAUCUUGCAGAUUUUGUGCCUUUUCUUGGUGCUUUCGACCUACAGGGAAUUAAAGCCUCCACACAGACACUUGGUGAAAAGCUUGACAAAGCCCUUGAGACGAUCAUUAAAGAUCACCUACAGAAAAAGCAAGAUGAUUUCGUUGGUACGUUGCUUACAGAGUUAAAUCAAACAAUAAAUCCCAAUGGUGAUAUAAUGGAUUGGAAUAGCAUCAAAGCCAUAACAUUAGAUAUGAUUGUGGGUGGCUUCGACACUUCAGCUGCCACAUUAGAAUGGGCAUUAUCAGAGCUCAUAAGGCAUCCGAGGGUAAUGCUGAAACUCCAACAAGAGUUAAAAAGCAUUUUUGGGAAUAAGAGAAUCGUGGAGGAAAAUGAUUUACCAAAAUUGGAGUACUUAGACAUGGUUGUGAGAGAAACUUUAAGGUUGCAUCCUAUUGCACCUUUGCUAAUUCCUCGUGAGUCAAUGGAGGACAUAGUUAUUGAUGGUUAUUACAUACCAAAAAAGUCUAGGGUCUUAGUAAACAUUUGGGCAAUUGGGAGAGAUCCUAAUAUUUGGUCCAAUAAUGUUGAAGAGUUCUCUCCAGAAAGGUUCAUUGAUAGCAAUAUAGACCUUCAUGGACAUAAUUUUGCACUCAUUCCAUUUGGUGCAGGACGUAGAUUAUGCCCAGGGAAGAAAUUAGGGUUAAUCACAGUUAAACUUAUUCUAGCUCAAUUGGUCCAUUGUUUUGAUUGGGAGCUACCUGGUGGAAUGUCGUCAAAUGAAUUGAACAUGACUGAGAACUUUGGUGUCUCGUUGCCCAGGAAGACUAGUCUUUGUGUGAAGCCUAUUUAUCGCAUGUAUGAAUAUAAUGUUUAAGAUAAUGUUUAUGUUAUGUAUUUGAUAUGUUGUCACAAUAUAAAUAUUUAUAUUGACAAUGUAUCACACUUAAUAAAAUUCCUCAAAAUCAAAUAAACAUAAUCGAACUCUUUUAUGGUAA